CUCUCAUCCACCGAACUACGCAACCUCGCAGUUGCUCAACUUCCCAGUUACUCGUUAACUCACGUCUCCACCACUACCCACGUCGCCAUGUCCCCCCUCCCGCCCAACACCCCCUCAGUUCCCGUCCUCUACACCUUCGAGGACAGCACCGAGCUCCAGUCGUCGCUCGCUGACUUCAUCCUCUCGGCGCAGAACGACGCCAUUGCCCAGCGCGGCAAGUUCACUAUUGCCCUCUCUGGCGGUUCUCUUCCCAACAACCUCAAGCCUCUUGCCGCUCUUAAGGACGUCCAGUGGGACAAGUGGCAGGUCUUCUUUUCGGACGAGCGCAUCGUCCCCCUCGACCACCCGGACAGCAACUAUGCCGCUUGCGCAAAGGCCUUCCUCGACCACGUCCCCAUCGCCCGCGAGCAGAUCCAUACUCUCAACACGGGGUUGUUCCGCGAGUCGACGCGCGUAGACCCCACCGCUACGCCGAGCGACGAGACUGACUCCGCCCGGGAGGCCUACGACGUUGCCUAUGACUACGAACAGCAACUCGUUGAUGUCUUCGCCAACCCCGACGCUGCGCGGUACCCCACCUUCGACCUCAUUCUGCUCGGCAUGGGACCAGAUGGUCACACCUGCUCCCUCUUCCCUGGCCACCCUCUGCUCGCCGAGCAGGACGUCUGGGUCGCCCCCAUCCUCGACAGCCCCAAGCCUCCCGCCCGUCGUGUGACUUUCACCUACCCUGUGCUCAACCACGCCAUCCGCGCCGCGUUCGUUGCCACCGGAGAAGGCAAGCAGGAGAUGCUGCACAAGAUCCUCGACCAGCCCGAGCUCGGCCUUCCCUGUUCGCGCGUGCGGCCCGUCGCGUCCUGGCCGCGUCUUCUGGUUCGUCGACAAGGCCGCCGCUGGACAGACCAAGUACGCGCCGCUGCCGUUCACGAGCUGAGAGUAGGCUGCGCCCAACCCAGCCGCUGAGAUCGGCAAUGUAGAUGAGUUAGCUAGAGAUCCGAUACGGUGAUGUACAUGUGUGUGGAAGGCGUUCUUGAAUGCUAUGAAAGUCGAUUGUUCAA